AUGUAAUAAAAAUUUACCCUCCUUUAAAGUUUCAAUAAUUUAUGUUAAAUUAAAAAAUUAUUUCAUGAACACAAUUUUAUGUUUUAUAACAUUUUUAAACUCAAACAUUUAAUGUAAAAAGGAUUUAUAGUUCAAGAUAGUAAAUUAUUAUAUGAAUCAUUCAAAAUAUUAAGGGAAUCUAUUUUUAGGAUAAUGAAUUGUUAAGAAGUCAAAAUUUACUUAAUUGAUGAAGAAAAAAAAACUCCAUUCUCAAAAAAGACAUUAAAUUAAUUAGCCAUUGUUGAAUUUGUAGAUGAAACAAAAUAAAUUUUAGAUUUAAAGAAAGCUAAAUAUAUAUUAGACUUUAAUUUGAUAAAAGCAGCUCUAAAAAUAGACAAUCUAAAAAUUUUAUGGAGUUAUGUGUAUUUAGAAAAAAGGACAAUACAAUAUUCAUAUUUCAACUCCAUCUACUCUGAGGAAAAAGAAUCAUCAUAAUUUUAAUUUUUAUCAGAAUGGAUGAUUUUUUUAUAAUGUUAUUAAUCACAAUUAAUUGAUGAUUACUGUAAAUAAAUUUAAACUUGCUCUAGAAAGCAGUAUUUAACUUAUAUAGAAAAAAGCUAAACUAAAUUCAUCUUUAAUUAUUUUUAUACUUUUUUUCUUUUUUUGUAAUAAAUUAGUAGUGGCUUAACACUUAAAUUCGUUGACUUAUAUAAUAAUCUUCAUCAUCUUUGA